AAAAGGAGCUGCCUUCCUUCACGCUCCAUCUCUCAAAUAAUACCUGUGCCUGUGCGCCGUGGUUUCAACAGACAAAAAACACACAACACAUACCUGUCUCUCUCUCUCUCUCUCUCCUCGCUGUCUCUCUCUCUCUCUAAUUGAACCCGCGUACCAAAAUUUCCAAAUACAAAAAACCAAAAACAAAAGGAGGAAGAAAGCGAAGGAAGAGAGAGGGGGGAGGAGUCCUUUUCCAGGGAAGGAGAUCUUUUUUGGUUGAAUCUAUACUUCUCUCGUCUCUCGAAAUCCAAUUGUUCCAAAAUGAAUGACCUUUUGUCGGAUUCCUUUGUGAUCCCACGGGAUCAAGGUAAUAGGAAUGGUGAUAUUGAAAUGGGGAUCGAGAGACAAAUGCAUUCAGGAGAGCUAGGCCUGGACAAUUUCUUUAAGCAGGUCCAGGAGAUUGAGAAACAAUAUGAAAAACUCAAUUCCCUACUAAGAAAGCUUCAGGACGCACACGAGGAAUCAAAGGCUAUCACCAAGGCUGCUGCUAUGAAAGCGAUCAAGAAGCGAAUGGAGAAGGAUGUCGAUGAAGUUGGAAAAGUUGCCCGUUCUAUUAAAUUAAAACUUGAGGAACUUGACAAAGAGAAUUUAGCCAAUAGACAAAAGCCUGGAUGUGGACAAGGGUCAGGUGUAGACAGAUCAAGAACAGCGACAACAGUGGCUUUGAAGAAGAAGUUUAAAGACAGGAUGUCUGAAUUUCAGACUUUACGAGAGAAUAUACAUCAAGAGUAUCGGGAAGUUGUUGAGAGGCGUGUAUUUACAGUAACGGGCACUCGAGCUGAUGAAGAGACAAUUGAUCAAUUAAUAGAGACCGGGGAUAGCGAGCAGAUAUUCCAGAAAGCAAUUCGAGAACAAGGCAGAGGACAGGUAAUGGACACUCUGGCAGAAAUUCAAGAGCGACAUGAUGCAGUGAGAGAUUUAGAGAAGAAGCUUCUAGAUUUGCAACAGAUAUUCCUGGACAUGGCUGUACUGGUGGAAGCUCAAGGGGACAUGCUUGAUAACAUAGAGUCACAGGUUUCAUCAGCUGUAGACCACGUGCAGUCUGGGAAUACUGCUCUUCAGAGGGCAAAAAGUCUGCAAAAGAGCUCCAGGAAAUGGAUGUGUAUAGCGAUCCUCAUCCUUCUCAUUAUUGUUGUUAUCAUAGUCGUGGGUGUGCUUAAGCCAUGGCAGACGAAGAACGGGGCUUAGCUCUCCACCAGAGUGUAUGUAUAAAUACGAGUUUGCUAAUGGGAAUUGAUUUUCUUUCAACAAAAUUUCACAGCUAUCCUUUUUUCUUGUGCAUUGAGGACUUGGGUUUUUAACACCCACUUGUAUCGAUUGAUUUGUGAACUUCUAGCAGCAGAUUGUGUAAUUUACGUCUAGCUGAUUAUGCUUAUUUGCUUUAGUUGGGACUUUGGAUGA